CUGUUUGAUCAUUGCAGCUAAAGCAGAAGUCACUACUGCGUAUUAAAAGGACCAAUAGGCCUACUGUCCAAAUAUUUCGACAGUGAGGAGUUUUUUUCCCCCUCACGUGUUCAAUGUCAGCCAAUGGCCGAGAAGAAGACGCGAGAGAAAUAAUUACCUGUCUUCACUGUAUCACUAAACACAAACAGACAUUACACUCCAUAUUAAUCCGAAUGCAUGUUUAGGAGACUGAGGGACGUCGUCAUGUCGGCAAACUAUUUUGUGGAUUCUCUGAUAAACAGGGAACCUCAAGAGGUGUUCAAAGCCAGCGCGCAUUUUACAGACAUGUGUUCAUCGCCAUUUUUAUCAGCAGACUGUUCACACCUUUCUUCGUGCAGUUUUGCAUCCAAAAAUGCUGUCUUCACGUCGUCCUGGGAUCCUAUAUAUUCUCAAAAAUCCGUGUUUUAUGCCAAACAUCGCAUUGGGGCAGACUCGAGGUUUUUACAGCCGUGGAUUGAACCUGCAGCGAGCAGUAGAAAUUGCGAGCUGAAAUCUGACGACUUCUCCGACAUGAGACAUAAAGAAAAUUCGGGUUAUUUCUAUAAACCAUCGACUCCUACAAAGAUUCAGCAGAGCAGCUCUUCUCCACUCAGCUCCGUAAAGACUAAAGAAGACAAACCCGGGUUAGAUCCCAAUAAUCCCGCGGUCAGUUGGAUAAGUGCAAAGUCAACAAGAAAGAAACGCUGUCCUUACACUAAAUAUCAGAUUUUAGAGCUGGAAAAAGAAUUUUUGUUCAACAUGUACCUGACCCGGGACCGUCGGUACGAAGUGGCACGCGACCUCAGCCUCACGGAGCGGCAGGUCAAAAUCUGGUUUCAAAAUCGACGCAUGAAAAUGAAGAAAAUGAACACGGAUAUGACUCAAAGCAACAAGUAGUGACUAAUUAGCUAACAUUUUUGGACAAAACUUUAUAUCUAGAUUGUAUAUUUUCCAGAAAAAAAUAUUAUGAUAAAUAUGAUAUUAUCCAAAAUAGUAAAUGUAACAUAAUAUUAGAUUUAAAAAGUGAAAAUAUUUUAAGGUCGAGUUAACUGAAACACGUACUAGUUUCUACAUUUGAACGCUUUAAUCCUGUUGUUGUUGAUCUUGUCUUACCAGUAUUUUUCUUCUUCUGUUUGCCUUUUUUAAUUGUACAGUUACAAUAUAUUACUGAAGGAGCAUCUGUGUUAGCUUAUAAAGUGAAGUAUUACUUAUAUCGUUAACAAUUUUGUAUGAAAUAUACCAUUCUGCUGAUGACGAAAGCAAAUGGAGUAAAAGUGUUGAACAGACUGAACCUCUGUAGCUUUUUUUUUUAAUUAUUAAAAACAGCUUGGAUUUUA